CUGUCAAUAAAAAGAGGCAAAAGAGGGAAGUCAGGUUUGAAGUUGUUGCUUGGAUGGGCGAGUGGCAACACUACUCAGACAGAUGCUUCCCUUGCCAGCAAGGCAAGCUCUGAGUGUCUUGCUUUGUUCGGAGUGACAGGUCUCUGAGACAGCGAGGUCUGUGAGUUUAGACCUAACAAAAUGAUUUUUGUCUGUUUCAGCUUGUUUUUAGUCAAGAUGAAGUUGCUUCUAGUUGUUGCUGCUGUUCUGGCUGUAUCCAGCUGUGCCAGAGUCUCUCUGGAAGACAUGGAGUUUCAUGCCUGGAAGCUCAAGUUUGAAAAAUCCUACGACUCUUCAUCAGAGGAGACUCAAAGGAAGCAGAUCUGGCUCACCAACCGUAAACUUGUGCUAAAGCACAAUGCUUUGGCUGACCAGGGUUUGAAGUCCUUCCGCCUUGGGAUGACCUACUUUGCUGAUAUGGAAAAUGAAGAGUACAAAAAGCUGGGCUGUCUUGGCUCCUUCAAUGCCUCUCUGCCUUGCCGUGCCUCUACCUUAAAUCGGCUGCCUAAAGUUACAGUCCUGCCCAAAACUGUUGACUGGAGGGAACAGGGAUACGUCACUGAUGUCAAGCAUCAGCAGCAGUGUGGCUCCUGCUGGGCUUUCAGUGCAACUGGUGCACUGGAGGGUCAGCACUUCAAGAAGACAGGAACACUGGUGCCUCUGAGUGAGCAGCAGUUGGUGGACUGCUCUCGUAAAUAUCGCAACAACGGCUGUGAUGGAGGAGAACCGAACUGGGCCUUUCAGUACAUCAGAGACAAUGGAGGAGUUGACACUGAGAAGUCCUACCGUUAUGAGGCUAAAGAUGGACAAUGCCGUUACAGGUCUAAUUCUAUUGGUGCCAAAUGCAAUGGUUAUGUUGAUGUGAGUCCAUUUGAAGAAGCCCUCAUGGAAGCCGUGGCUACUAUCGGACCAAUAUCUGUGUCCAUUGAUGAUUCUCGUGUGUCAUUCCAACUCUACCAAUCAGGAGUGUAUGAUGAACCUUGGUGCAGCAACAUAAACUUGAACCAUGCUGUGCUGGCUGUGGGUUAUGGUACUGAGAAUGGACAUGACUACUGGCUGGUCAAGAACAGCUGGGGUAGUGGAUGGGGAAACAAGGGAUACAUUAAGAUGACCAGGAACAAAGGCAACCAGUGUGGGAUUGCUACUGAAGCAAGCUACCCUCUGGUCUGACAAGGUGGAAGCAAACUCGUCUGCAUCUUUUUUUCUGCUUUGACCAAAAUGUGUUUAAAGUGCUAUUAAAACAUCAUAAACUUCUGAGCAUCCACUUAUGCAUUUUCUUUAACCGAGGCAGUAUCUUUUCCCUUUUUGGUGAUUCAAGGAAUAACUUUAUAAAGACCAAAAAUAAAAUUUUAUUUGUGUCGUUUCACUGUACUGGUAGUAUAUGACUUAAUAGCCAUGUCUUUUCUUCUUCUGCUUUGACCGUAAUGUGUUUAAAGUUCAGUUGAAAUGUAAUAAACUUCUGAGGAUUUAUUUUUUUUAACUGAGUUAUGAAAUGCAAUUUUUUUUGUUCAUGGAGUCAGGAGUUUGUCUUUUUGGGGUAAUUCAUAGAAUAA